GACAAACAUCAGCCGCCUCCCACGAGCCACAUCAAUCGCUAAGCAAUGAAACUAAUCCAGUUUCCGGUGCGCGUUUCUCCACUGGUAGUGCUUCUGGUUUGUAUAGAGGCACUGUACGCACGAUCGAUCUCCGACAGGAAACGAGACUACGAUUACGACUUCGACGGGUCGAAUGCUGCCUCCUACCACGCAUCAAAAUCCGGCUACAGCGCUGGCAGCGGUCUUCGAUCGAUAGCUCAAGGUUCUGCGGAUCAAGCUAAUACUGCGGUGGCCAAUCAGGUGGCAGCAGCCAAACAGGCAGCCUAUGUCGCUCAGAGUACACUGGCUCAGGCAGCAUCUCAAGCCGCAGCCACCGCUCAGGCUGCAUUGGAAGGAAAACAAGUUCUCCUGCAAGGAUUGGAACAUCAAAACAUUGAAGCACAUAAGGCUUUAGAAGGUGAGAUUCAGCAACUGCAUCAAGCGAAAAAGGCUGCCAAAGCAGCUCAGUACGCUGCCCAGCAGGCUUUAAAUCACGUCCAGGUGCUGACUGCCGCGUUGAACAAUGCACAGGUCGCAUCCGAACACGCCCAGCAAGCCGCCAGCGAAGCGGCCACGGAACUAGCUUCACAAAAUCAGAUGGUAGGAACUGCCAAGGCUCGCGUCGAAUCCAUCGAGGAACAGUUAAGAUCUGCUCAGGUGGAUUACGAGGCAACGCAGGAAGCGGCGCACAAGGCAGCUUACUCAGCCCAGGAAGCGCAAAAGAACGCAGCGGAAGCGGCAACACACGCGGCAAUUCAGCACCCUAUCCAGCUGGAUGCGCACAGUAUUCAGUUCCAGUCGAAGGUGUCGAAGCAAACACAGCCGCAGGAGCAGGAUGAUGAUAUCAACAGUGGCGAGAUAGAUGUCGGAACAAAUCGCACUUUCGGAUGAUAAUUAGUAGCGCUUGCCAUCGUUAGGUUAGGUUAGGUUUUCCGGCAAAAUCGUUAUCUAUGUUUUAAUAGAAAUUUAGCGUAGAGAGAAAGAGUUAGAGACGAAAAUUACUGAGGUUCACAAUCAUGGCUCGCUGUUACAUACUGAAUUUUGUGACCACCUUACCGUCGUACUUUAACUUAGUGUCGGUGUUAUCAAUUUGUUUUAGACGAGUAAUACAACGUAUCCAUACAGUGGGUUACGUUAAUGAGAAUGCCUAAUAAAAAUAUAGGGUAAGGUGGGGCAAAUCCGAUCGUUGGGUAAACCCGACCCUCCUCUGUUACCGAAAAUCAGAAGCACUACGCGAACUAAUAUCAAUGGUGUCGUGUAGAGCAUCGAAAAUAAUCAUUAUGGUGGCAUGACAGCAUUUUAUUAAUCUACAUUGAGAUGCUCAAACGACAAAAAGUGUGUUUUUACAACUUUUGAUUUGACUUUUGUGCAUUUUUGCCUACAGGAUAUUUCUGAUUGUUAAAGUGAUUGCAUAAAAAAUGUAAGUGCAUUUAAAUUCUUUGAAUAAAGUCCUACAAAGUGCGUAGAUGAAUUUGGUUCAACCUUUUUCAUAACUUUUUUUAAUUGCAUCGUAAUGAAAAAUGACGCGGUGGGGCAAAUCCGACCUCUAAAUAGUGGGGUAAAUCCGACCGCUUUUUUGCUAAGAAAAUGUUUAUUUAUCAAAUUGAAAUAUAUUUUUAUUGUUAUUUUAUAUUAUUUUUAUGAAAAAUAAUUCACAAUUACAAACG